UUUUCCAUUCUUUGAACAGAAAAAUCUAUCAGCAGCAGGCGGCGGCGGAGAGUAGAAGCAGCAGGCGGAGCAUCAUGGGUAUCGAUCUAGUGGCCGGAGGUAAGUCCAAAAAGACUAAGCGCAUUGCACCAAAAUCCGACGAUGUUUAUCUCAAGCUUCUCGUCAAGUUGUACCGAUUUCUUGCACGGAGGACUGGUAGUAAGUUCAAUGCUGUGAUACUGAAGAGACUCUUCAUGAGCAAGAUCAAUAAAGCUCCAUUGUCUCUAUCACGUUUGGUUACUUACAUGACCGGAAAGGAGGACAAUAUUGCUGUUAUUGUCGGGACUGUUACCGAUGAUGUUCGAGCUUAUGAAGUCCCUAAAAUCAAGGUUACUGCAUUGAGAUUCACUGAAACAGCUAGAGCUAGGAUUGAGAAGGCUGGAGGAGAAUGUUUGACCUUUGAUCAGCUCGCUCUCAGAGCCCCUCUUGGGCAGAACACGGUUUUACUUAGGGGUCCAAAGAACUCGAGGGAGGCUGUUAAGCACUUUGGUAAAGCACCUGGUGUCCCGCACAGCCACACGAAGCCUUAUGUUCGUGCCAAGGGAAGGAAGUUUGAGCGAGCAAGAGGAAAGAGAAAUAGCAGAGGCUACAAGGUUUGAGGAAGUGCAGAUGUUUGAAUACACAUUCAUAGAGUUUCUAUUAGAAGUAUUUCCCAACCUACUUUUACCAUUAUAGUUUCUUGUUGGAUUUUCUUAUUUCAACUUUGUUUCUCUUACACACUCCAGCAUCAUAUUGCUGAUUUUUGAAUGUGUUU